UCAGUUUAACUGUGUUCAUUUGCGGAAUAAGUUGUGUUCCAGAAAAACUUAUUUUUUUUAAUUAUUCCAAAAAGUAUACAAUAUAUUUACGAGUUAUUUAACAAUAUACCUUAUUCUAUUUUAUCUUUAACUAAUACAAUUUGUUUUAAUAACGCAAGAUGGCGACAGAAGUAAGCACUCCAUCAUUGGGACAGUUGCAAUCGGUGCAGAAGGUCAUGGCACUGCCCACAGUGGAAGCGGCAGUUGGUCAAGUCGGUGCAUUAUAUAGCAGAGUGAAAGGGGCACAUUCGCUAUUAGAAUGGGCGCUAUCCACUGCAGAAGCCAGUGUAACCCUAGCAGCGAACACAGCGGCUCCCUUUGUAGCCGCACCACUAGCAGCUGGUGACGCCCGAGUGGCAGCAGCGUUGGAUGAGCUGGAGAAACGAGUGCCCAUAGUCACUGAGCAGCCAAAAGUUAUUGUCGAGACGACAAAGCAAGCAGUAUUGUCCAGGAUUACCCCGCAGUUGAAUAAGGUGAAUGUCACGAACCAGGUGUACGGAGCGCGCGACGCGGCCGAACAGCGCGUCAAGUCACUCAAGGAGUUGACCUGGGUGAAGGCCAACGCUCUGCUGUCCACGGCGUACGGACAGAAGGCAGUGCAGGGUGUGGACAGUGGCGCUGUGUACGCUAUGAGCCUACUGGAUCAUUAUCUUCCACCAGCACAGGAUGAAACGCCCGCUGGUGCCGAAGUGGUAGCCUUCGAGAACGACCCCACACUGCACACGGUGCAGACGGUGCGGCGGCUCGGCGCGGUAGCGGCGCGCCGCGUGUGGGCCAACCUCGCGGCAAGGGUCACGCAGCUGCGGGCCAACGGAAUCGAACUAGACGUGCGCCGGUACAUAAUGGCUCUUCUCGCAGCGAUACACCUCGCCAAAGUGACAGGCGAACAGCACUUCAGAGAACAAAUAAUGGACGAGAAGAAACAACAAAAGUCAGCGGAACCCGCCAAAAACGUCCCCCCCACUAAAAACGAAACUCCCACCUCCCCCCCAACUGCAGAAAUUGUGAAGUCAUCCCCCGAAGCAAAGUCGGAGGGGGACCAAUGAUUCUUAUAAUUAUAUUUUAUAUUUAAUAAUUAUUUUAUAAGUGUAACCACAAUGAAGGUAUUAUAUUUAUCUACAUUGUUCUGGUGAUAAUUUAUUAUAAUGGAAAAUGUAUUCAUAUUUUAUGAGACUGAUAAGUCUUUGUAUGCCCUUAUAUGUGAUCUUUGAAAUAUAAGCUUUCUUAUUUA